CCUCAACUUAAGUGAGGUUAUAGUACCAUAAUAUUUAGUUCUGUUUAAGCCCUAAUUGUUUACAGGCUUUUUUGCCCAUUAUACCUUAGUGCAAGCCAAACAGGCGUUUUUUCAAUAAUUUCCAUAUAAUUUUACGUUAUUUCGGCAAAGUGGCGCAAUGAUACUUCUCAGGCAUAUUCAGUUGAUUUCGAGGCAGUUUAAGUAUGGAAAAGGGUCAUGGAGUCGCCCCGAACCGUCUAGAUACUUGAAACGGACGUUUUCUUCACAAAAAGAUGGACAAAAGUCGUCAGGUUGGCCAGAAUGGCAGGGAGUCCUCAAACGGUUCGUACCCCUAGGAAUAUGUCUUAUAGCGGUAAUGCAGUGGCGUGCGUAUCGCAAAAGAGCCAAAGAAGACCGGGGGGUGGCCAAACAGUGGGAGAUCAGUUGCUACUGCACCCUGCCCCUAAGGUCUAUGAGCAGGUGUUGGGGAUAUUUGGCCGAUACGAAACUGCCGGAAUUCGCCAGACCGCUGGUCUACGAGGCCUACAUCCGGAUGUUCGGCGUGAACUUGGCCGAGGCCCAAUUCGAGAACCUGAAACACUAUCCCACUUUAACGGAUUUCUUCGCUAGACCUCUGAAAGAGGGAGUGAGACGUAUCGAUAGAGAGAGCUGCCUGGUGUCACCAUGCGACGGCACCGUUUUGAGUAUCGGCAGCGUGACCAAUGGGCAGGUCGAACAGGUCAAAGGGGUGACGUACUACGUCAAAGACUUUUUGGGGGAGAAAUUCGAUUCGACCAAGGACGUGCACGAGCGUUUGCUGCGUAAGCCGCAAGAGGGCAACACCCUGUAUCAGUGCGUCAUCUAUUUGGCUCCCGGGGAUUAUCAUCGAUUUCACUCGGCGGCCGAUUGGAACCCGACGCACCGCCGACACUUUUCCGGCGAAUUGUUGUCGGUGAAUCCCCGAGUGGCGCGUUGGCUCCCCGGAUUAUUCGUACUGAACGAGAGGGCGGUUUAUUUGGGCGAGUGGCAACACGGAUUUUUCUCCUACAGUGCCGUAGGUGCAACGAACGUCGGCUCGAUCAAAGUAACCUUCGAUAAAACGCUGCACACCAAUCAGAAACGGAAAACGCACAAGUUCAAGGAAAUCUGCCUGGGGGGCGCCGUAACAUUGCGAAAGGGCGACCUGAUCGGGGAGUUUCGCAUGGGUUCCACCGUCGUGGUCAUCUUCGAGGCGCCCAUUAACUUUAAAUUCGACGUGGGCCCCGGGCAGAGGGUCCUGAUGGGCCAAUCUUUGGGGAAUAUCGUCGGGGCAUCGGAGAGGGCGGAGCGACGCACCCUUAGGGCGGGCCGCUAACCCCCAGUACCGCCCCGUUUUAAUUUAAGUAUUAUACAUUUCAAUGUGAUAUUUUAAAUAUAUAUUUUUAAAAAAAAUUGUCUUUUAUUG